AUGCUGAACCUGUACCCACCGUCCGCGUUUGACGCCUACAAGAAAGAGAAGACACACUUUUCAGCCUCUAUCGACGCACUUGUAGAGCAGAUCCACGCAGCCUGUGAAGGUCUAGGGACAGAUGACAAGGCUCUUGUGAAGCUGAUUGGCCCGCUGACACCGAAUGAUCGUGGACUGAUCUCGCUUCGCUACAAGGAGCUAUACAAGCAAUCGUUGCGUGAUCAAGUCAAGAGUGAGACGUCUGGAGCUCUCGGUUAUUUGCUGCAGCUUAUCUGCUUCAGUCUUCCUGAAGCCGAAGCCUACAUGCUCUUUCACGCCAUGAAGGGAGCCGGCACUACGGACCAGUUGAUCUACUCGAUUAUAAUGGGUCGCCCUAAUGAAGAAAUUGGGCUGCUAAAGAAGGCCUAUUUUGAAAUGUACGACACAGAUCUUUCUGUUGCAAUCAAUGACGAAAUCAGUGGUGACUUUUUGUCAGUCAUCAUGAAGGCACUCCAGGAGCCAAUGGUUGACUAUAAGCCGUCAUUCCACACAAAGGAAAAAGCUAUCGAUGACGCUGAGAUCCUUUACAACGCUGGAGAAGGAAAGUGGGGAACAGAAGAAAACGUGUUCAUUAAGGUGCUUUUAUCAAGCCCGCCUGAGCACCUGCGUAAUAUCAACGCCGCGUACCAGGCUAAACAUGAGCGAGACUUGGUUUACGCCAUUGAGAACGAGUUUAGCGGGAGCGACGGCGCCGCUCUCUUGUUCUUCGUCCACAUAAGCCUUAAUGCUUGGCCGUUCCUUGCUGACUACAUUGAAGGCACGAUGGCUGGCGUUGGCACCGACAAGACGGCUCUUUCGGCUGCAGUUGUACGAUACCACCCGUACAUGAGCAACAUCAAGGCUGCUUACGAGAAGAAGUACAAGAUGUCUCUGCAUGACCGCAUUCAAGCAAGAGUUAGCGGUGAGUAUCAGGAGCUGCUGCUGCAGCUGCUCGAAACCCCACGCUCUGUUGGCAGUAUCGCGUGA